AGCUAUGCCAUUGGUAUCGGUAUCAUUUUGUCUGGUGUCUGGUUUCGGGAUUUAUGGUUGUUGCUGUUGCGAUGGUAUUGAGGAAAUUGAGGUUGUUUUACACGAAUAAAGUAGUGAUUAGUCGAUAGAACAUGUCUGUCAAAGAAGAAGAGUCUCUGUAAAACCUCACUGGGAGAUUGCCUUUUGAAGAGGUGCCGAGUGGCAUCUGUGCUGUAAAGUGAAUUCUAAACCGAAUGCGCAUGCUGAAGUCGUCAGUGUCAUCGGGAAAGACAAGCAAGAUCAUGGUUUGCGGACACAAAGGCUGCGGCAAGACUUCGGUGCUGGAGCAACUGAUAUAUAACCACCAUCCCCUAAAGGCGGACAUUCAGCCAACAAUUGAAGAUAUCUACUGUGCUUUAGUCGACAAUGACCGAGGAGGGAAGGAGAAGGUGCAGUUUUUCGACUCUCGUGGUGUGGAUAGCUCUGACGCAGAGGUUUCAAAGUCCCACCUGGCACAUGCAGAUGGGGUUGUCUUAAUAUAUGCAAUCAACAGCAGGGAGUCCUUCUUGUUGUUGGAGCAGCUGAAGAAGGACAUUGACAAGCACAAAGACAAGAAAGAGCUAUCUUUCUUAGUGCUUGGAAACAAAGCAGAUCUGAGUGCAGAAAGGCAGGUUGAGACACAGUCAGCCAUCAACUGGGCCACCAAGGAAAGAGUACGCUUUGCCGAAGUGUCAGCAUUUGAUAGGAAAUCUCUUAUUGAGCCAUUUAUAUACCUGGUCUCAAAGGUCAACCCACCUCCAAGCAAGUCUACAUUUCCUCAGUUGGGCCGCAAAGGCAAAGCUGGCAGCAUCACCAUGGAACUUUGAGUAACCAGGCAGCAUAGCCCACAACAUUGUGCAUGGACUUGGCCAUUCCAUUUCAACUGCCUAAGAAAGAUCUUGGCUGAACAAGCCGUGCAUGAUUCACGUCCAAUGUCCUGGAAACUGCAACUGAAUGUGUUCUGAGUUUGUAGGCAAGUUGCCGGUCGAUAAUAAAGAGGCUAACUUAUUUUAACAA